UUGCCGGGUGUGUUCUUCGGUCGGUUUUGAAAUCUCCACAGUGCGAAAAGUGCAGCAAAUUUGUGAAGACUCAUACAGAAAGUUUGUUGGGGAAAAAGUUGAAAAUAUUAAAUUUAGACGGGGAACAUUGAGCAAUUUUUGAACUGUAUGUGUUAAAAGUUCGUGUGACGUUUAAUUAUUUAAAUUCAGACAAAUAUAGUCCGAGCUGAGAAGGAAAGAGAAUAAGGUCCAGUAGGCGUGAACAAAGUAAAAGGGAAUAAGAAAGUACGGAUAAAAACGUAACGUUAAAAUGGAGCACGAGGAUAAUGCGCAUUUGGACAAUUUUUUGCAAAAUUCUCAACAUUUAAUGGAGAAUUUGCAGAUGGAUAGUGGUGAUGGUGUGUGUGAUAAUGUUGCUGUAGAUGAGAUUGGGGGAAAAUUUGAAGUGCAUGAAGAGCAUGAUGAAGAGGAAUGGAAAUAUAUCAAAGAAGGGCAGCAGAGCGAAAAGCAACAGCAACAGCAGCAGUUGAAAGCCAGUGUGGCUUGUAAAGACGUGGAAGGCGUAGAGGAAGUUGGCAACGGGCAUGGAUAUGGAUACGAGCAUGGUGAUGUCGGUGCCGAUAUACUUUUGCUAGACCAUCACGAAGUUGGUAACGGUGUCGUUGGCAUUUCAGCCGCAGUUGACGCAGACGCUGACAAUGCCGCAACCGGCAUUGAAGAGAAUGGAGAAGUCGACGUAGAAGUAAUAAAAAAUGAUGGUGAUUUUUCAACAACUUCAAAUACUACCUCUACAGCCGGUGAAGACGGCUAUGCAGAUACCGGUGUGUUGCAAGUGCAAAUGCAAAUUGAACAUAUACCACAAGAGCAAUUAAUACCAAAACAAGUUGAAGAUCUGUUGGACGAAGGUACUAAUAUAGGAAGCAUGGCGGAUGAGACCGAAGAGGACGACCCUAGUUCGUUGGCAACCAAUAAUACUAAUCGAACAAAUAGCCUUAGUGAGAGUGCUCCACAGCAAGAAUUACAACAAAUACCAAUUGAAGACAAUAUUAUAAAGAGUGAUGAUUUUUCAAAUGAGGACAAAGAAAAUAACGUUCCAUCACUUACCAAUGUCCAUUGUGAUAUUCCUUUCGAGGAAACAACUGGAAAUAGUGAUUAUGAAUCAGAAAUGCACUCUCAAUUAAAUCCGAAUGCAAUAGAAUUUGUUCCAAACUUUGGAUCAAACCCUACUUCUCCAACUAUCGAUAAUAAAGAAUUUGUUGUUGAUGAAGAUGUUUCAAAUAGUGUUGAGGAAAUACCAAUACGAACACAACCAAACUCACUUCCACGGCACCUACUGGGCGAUGAUGAUUUUGUUGCUCAGAGCCCACGCAAGGGAAGUGCUGAAACCAACUUGGACGCUAUUGCUUUACCAGAAGAAAAUGAUUUUGAGCACGAAGCUGCAAAACGUCCGCAUGAAUUGGAACAAGAAGAUGAUUUGAUUGCUGUGGGUACGGUAGAGCACUCACAACAAGAUCCUCAAUUAAUUCAAGAACAUUUGGAAAGUCUCAAUAGUUAUAGCGUGAAUAUGCUUGAAUUAGAAAGAAAUGCGAAUGAAUAUUGUUCAGAUAUACUCAGUCAAUCGCCAUUAAACUUAAUCGAUCAUGGUCCCGAGACUUCUGUCGAUUUAGAUACAGACUCACAACCGGUUGAUGUUGAAAAAAUCGAGGAAACUCAUGAGAACCCUAAAGAAAAUGUUGAAAUUAUCGAAGAUGUCUUUAAUACGGUACAACCAUUACCAAUAGAUUUGAACAACUCAUUUGUUGAGGAAUCAUCGCAUCAAGGAUUUACCGUUGAGGGGAAAGAGUUGCUUGAUGUAGAUGAAAAAGAAAAUAUUUCGCAUUCGCCGUCUACGGAAGAAAUGCAAAUGAACUUACAAAACGAAUUACAUUCCUCAGUGAAGGAUAUUCCACAAAUUCCGAUCGAUAUGGACAACGUUGCAAAUAUGCAAGAAUCGUUUUAUCUAGAAAGUACUUCCUCUGAAGCUCGUAAUCAACUUGCAUCGGGUAUUGACUUAACUUCCGUUGAUGAACCGAAUUUGUAUACUGACGAAAUUCAAAUCCCUAAUGUGGAGGAACAAAAAUCUGCCAUCGGUGGUCCUUCAUUUGAAAGUGACCGAAACUCUGCACCUGACACUUUUGAAUGUGAGCCAGGUACUGUUUUCGAUGCUUCGCCUACGUCUUUGAAUAUAUUCGCACCAGAGUUUACGCCUACACAGAAAUCAAUCGAUGCUGAUAUAAUAUCACCUUCUCCUGUAUCAACUGAAGAGAAACACCUAAUCGAAGAAACCAAAGAACAAGCAACACUAAGUGAAACAACAGAAGAGCUUGAGCAAAAAAUGGAUGAUUUAAUAAUAUCUUCAAAUGAUGGAAUCCUCUCACAGGUAGAGGAGGUUGCACAAACAGCAGCUAACAUCGUUGAAAGUAUGAAUCCAUUUGCUACUUCAGAACCCGAACAAGACGCAUCUGUUGAACAGCCAUCAAUUGAAGCGGAUCAUGCAUUUUCAGCAUUUUCAACCGAACUGCAGCCAGAUGCUGGCUUUUCGCAGCAAAACGAACAAAGCUACUACAACGAACCACAGGAGCAACAACACUUGAAGGAGGAAACAGCAAAGUCCACAUUUGAACAUCACGAAGACAAUUUAUUCUUGACAAAGCCAGAAGAUGAACAACCACUAGUAGCGUCCCCUGAGAAAUUGGAGUCUGAAUUAAAUGGAUUUGAGGAGCACAUACCUGCUUCCAUAUCUGUGGAAAGCUCGAAUGCUGCUCCAUUUGAGCCAGAGCCAGUAGAUUUAUCAGUUGAACCAGUGCAUGAAGAGGCUCAUUUGGAACUGGUGGAGUCCCCAAUUGCUGAGCCCGCACAUGAAGAGGCUCAUGUGGAACUGGUGGAGUCCCCCGUUACUGAGCCAGAAUAUGCAGCUGUAUCUGAGCCAGAACUUAAAGCUGUGCCAGAGCCAGAAGUACAAUCAGUUUCUGAGCCAGAGCUUAUUACGCAGCCAGAGUCGGAGGUAGAGGUACUCCACUCGGAGCCUGUAAAUGUAUCAGGUGAGAGCAGUAAUUUUGAUGCAAAUGCUUCGGCUGUGGCUGAACCAAUUUUGGAAACUUCAGAUCAGCCCUCGGUGCCUACUCAUUCAGAAAAUACUAUAGAGUUAGCUGCUAAUGAAACCACACCGUCAGCCGUUGAAGAAACCGUGAUCGCUGCUGCUGCUGUAGGUGCUCUGGCAGCUACAGCUGGCGCCGUAAAAGUUGCUGCGGAUGCUCGCAAAAAACCAGAGGUUAAACAGGCUCGUACUCCAACUUCGACGAAAACAAAGGGUAUCGAUGUUAAAAAGGCUGCAGAACCAGCUAAAAAACCGGUUGGCAAAACUACUCUUUCAACAGUGUCUGCCGCUAGACCACGUACUGCUCCGGCUAAGACGACUGCUACCGCUGAGAAAAAACCGGCUACAACUACAGCUUCAACUAAAUUGUCAGCUACUACUGCUGCUCGCAAGCCUCUAACGUCUACCACUGCAGCGUCUCGCACAGUUACUAAGACAACAACUACAACACGCCCAACGACAGCACCGACUGCUGCUAAAUUGACUGCUUCUCGUACCACUACCUUGUCUACUGCACGUCGUUCAGCACCAACUACUACAGGGGCAUCGACGACUGUUUCCAAUGGCACAACCACCGCCAAGCCCAAACCAACCAGCAGUGCACCUACUAAGCCAACAACUUUGGGUCUUUCGGGUACAACCAAACCGAAGUUGUCAUCACCUCGCACCACUUUAACAUCACAACUACGCAAGGCUCCAACUAGCACAGGUACUGGUCUAGCUACGACUAAAAGUCCUCUUAAGACCACAGCACCAACUGCUAAUGGCGUAACUAAAAGUUCGACCACUACAACUGCUGCAAGUCGUGCUAAGAGUUCGACUUCAACCACUACCACUACAACAACUACAACUACUAAGACUUUUACUGCUCGCCCUGCUCCGAAGACUACGCAUUCAUCCACAUUAUCAUCGACUACGACACGCCGCACUGUAGGUAGUGUAUCGAUUAGUGCAACAGCUGCAAAAACCUCCAGCAGUACGUUGCAGAAAAAGACUCCACCGGGACCUACUAGACCAUCAACAGCUGGCAAAUCGUCACUUUCGCCUACGAAAACGACAAACUCACUUCUGAAAGCGAAAACCAAAGAUGUAACUAAGAAAGCAGUAACUCCAACUAAAUCAUCAAAUCUUUUAAAAAAUAAACCUACCGUAGAACAGACAAAAACAAAUGGUACCGCUGCUAUAGGAGCAGAAGAACCUACUGUUAUUCAACCGGAGCAGACACCCCAAUUGAAUGGUAAAGGUGACGGUGACGCUCUGCAGCUGAUAGAGAAUGGUAUCCAUAAACUUGAGCUAGAGAAUGGUGAAGAGCCUCUAUUGGAGCAGCAUAUACAGGCAUCUCUGAUCGAUGCUUAAAGGGAAGGAACAGAAAGAAGACUUUGUAUUUUUUAAAGUGCAGUAAGCAAAAUGAAGAAAUGUUAGAUCAAAGAAAGCGAUCGUCGUCAUUUAAUAAUAUUUAUUUUUGUGGGGGAACUUACCUUUGGACAAGUAGACAUAAUGCACAAGGUACUUGGUGGAAAGCAGUAUGGAUUGAGGAGUGGUAGGUAAAAGCAGAUGCGCAUAAUUUUUAUAAUUCUAUUGCUGCGCAGAUUGCUAUUCACAAUCAAAACAAAUAAAAUUAGAAGAGUAUUCUGAUGGAGGAAAAUAUUAUUUUAGACGAACUUUGAUAAGAAAGAUGCGAUUCAAUGAGAGAUAGUAGAAAUUCACAUAAUAAACGAAUAAUUCUCGAUAGUGGAGUACGGAUGUGACUAGAAAGAAAGUGUAAUGAAAUUGACAAUUAGGUGGCGAAACGAACAAAAACUAUAAAAAUGAAAUAAUUGCAUAUUUUCAACGAAAAUAUUUUCAAUUUAAACUAAAAUACAUAUGCAGUGGUCAUUGGUGUUCGCUUAAUUGCGAUAGACUCUGCAUGAAUGUAAAAGUGCACAUCCCAAAUAUGUACGUUUUUGAUAUAAUCGCUUGAAAGUAAUCUUCGUCAAGUUGCAUGGUUCUCUAAAGUGUUUACCUUUUCAAAAAAGGGAACACAUUUUUAAUGUGUAUUUGUUUAAUUUAUAUUCUACGUUUUUUCUUGUUUUGAAUAGUUCGGUGUCUAAUGUUUUCAAAUAGUUUUUUCGCUCUUUUAAAUCGGACAAGACUUCUAUGGCGAAUUUUGCUAUUAUAUUUGUCAUUUACGCUGAUUUGUUUACUCCUUUUAUUGCAUACCCAUAUUUAAAGACAAAAAUAUUUAUUGUUUCAGUUAUUUUUUUAUACUCAUUAUCAUCCAUGGAUUAAUGUUGGAAUGCUCAUCGUUAAUUAUUAUGUUUUCCUGUUUAUCAUAGUAAUUUUUUUACUUUUGUCAUUUAUUUAAAUAGUUGAUUUUGUGCUGGUGAAUGUAUGGGAAAGACGAAAAACGAAAUAAAAAAUCAUAAAAUUUAUGAAAAAGCUAAAGAAAAAAAAUUUCUUAUUACCACUUUGUGAGCCAGUAGUUUUUGGCCUAACAACGACAACUAAUAUUACGCAAAAAAAAAAAAAUUAAGAAAUAUUAAAUGCAAAAACUAAGCAUAACAAAAAAAUAAAAAAAAACUUUAUAUUAAAAAAAAUGUAUGCGCGGAACGCGUCAUAAGUAAAAAUAUACGAAAUGAAAUUAUCUUUUAUACACAUACAUAUGUAUAUGAAUAUCUAUUAAAUAUUAGAUGGCAUGCGAAAGAUCUUUUAAUCUUUAAUCACAUUAACGAUCGAAUUGUGCAUUUUUGAUAUAUUUUUGUACUUCAUUAUUCUGUUCCUGUUUACAAUAUGUGAGUAAAUGUAUAACACAAGAAAACGAAGCAGUAUACUUAAUUAUAAACAAACAAAAAAAAAACAAAAAACAAGUUAAUAUUAUUUAUGAAACAAAUUGUGGACUUGCUGUGCUCCUACCCAGUGUAUUAUUAUUAUUUUUGUAAUUUUCUUCCGAAAUUCCUACUUUUGAUUUGUGCUCCUUUGUAUUAUUUCUUUUAAUUUGUUUAAAUUAAAAAAGAAAUUCUCAACUUAUAAGUCUGUCGAAACAUACAUAUAUAUAUAUAUAUAAUAUUAUAUUAUUCUCAAAACUACGAUAAUUUUUACGAUAAACUUGUACGCAAAACAAAAAAACGAUUAAAAAGCUACAAAAAAAGAAUAAAAUUAAUUUUUGUGUUUUAUUUUAGUUUUUAUUUGUAUAAUUUAGUUAGUAAUAAUAUUAUUUUUUGCCAUAUCAAAUCUUCCUACUGCACAUACUUUAUACAUAUGCACUAGCUCGUUCAUAAAUUAAACUCACACCUGCAAUUGCGAGGAUCAAGCCAAAUAUCUGGUGUUUACGAACACAUAUUUCGUGUUUUUUAAAGUUUUUUAAAUUAAAUAUUGUGUUCCAUUUGUAUUUUAGUAUCUAAGACUUAAACGUAAACCGUUUUUAAUCAACUCACAACUCGAAUUUAUUAACAUUGCCUGCUCUCACAUUUAUUGUAGUACAUGUGCUCGUAUAUAAGCACUUCACUUUAUUGUAGGUAUGGUGCCGCUUAAAAAACAAGUAGUGCACAAUAUACAAAAAAAAAAUUAUAUACUAAGCCUUAAUAGCUCUUUGUGAAAUAAAUUAUUUUCCAUAAUUUUGCUUGCUUUAACAGUAGUGCCCUUUACAUCUAAUUUGCCUUAUUGUUAACUGAAUUGAAUGCAAGUGAUAUUGAUCGAAAAGUUGCUGAGAGGGUGGGGACAAAUAGCUUGAUAUUGCUGUUUUUUUAGCUUAAAUCCGAAUAUAAUGUAGUGUGUUGUGCGAGUAGAUAUGACGUUUUAUUGAAAUAUUUUAAAUAAGGAGACUGACUACGAUAACAUGCGCGCGGUAGCUUCCCUUACGCGAAAUUCUUAGCCUUUAACUCAUUUUUUCGAAUUAGUUAGCUUCCAUAUUGCAUAAGUGCACUUCCAAAAGGUAAUAUAAAAUGUUGCAGAAAAAGUGUGUCCAGCGUGUACAUUUUUUUCUGAUUUUGAUAGAUGAGCGCUUCGAACAAAUGACGCUUUGAACUUUAUACAAAGCGUAGUUUUGUUGAAUGCGUGCUUUAAAGUAUUGGAUCGAGUUGUUCUCCAUUUUUGCCAAACGCAAAAACAAAAACAUUAAAACAUUUUUUUUAAUCAAAGUUAACAAGUCGUUAAAAUAAUUACCUUAUGGUAAACAUAAAGUAUAGGAUUCAUUUUAAAUCAUGACAAUCAGCUGUUCAAAGCUGAAAUUCCAUUGACUUUUUCUAUUUUAGCAACUUCGAAUUUUUUUUUUGGCAAAUUGAUAUUUGCUCACAACUUAAACUACCGAAAUUUUUUUAACGCGUUAGGGACCUUGAGCAUCAAUUUUCAUUGCAAUUUACACACGGUGACACCUGGAAAUACAGUUUACAUUUAAUAUGUGUAUGAAUAUACAUAUCUUAUACAAUUACACACCAUUAGAAAGCUGAUUUGCGGAAUUUAUUGAACUGGUCAUUAGGUCUUACUCGAACAUUGAACAAAGAACUUAACAAAAAUUAUUCAUUUACCGUUCUUAUAAGAGAAUUUUCUAUGAACGUGAAUAUUUAAACGUAACUUUUAUAUUUACCUACGUACAUAUAUCUAGAGCAUAUUAUACAAUUAUACACAAUUAAAUUGAAACAAAAAAAUACUAGAAGGUAAUGCUAUGAAUAUCUUUUAAAACAAAAUAAUUACCCUAAAAAUGGGACAUUUAUCAAUUAAUAUAUACAAGUAUAAAAUCUGAGUAGAAUUAUUCAUUGCAUAUUGCCACCUAACAACCCAUAUGUAUCAGAUAUAGAAAUUAUUACGACUGAUUUGUUUAAAGAAAAUUCUGCAAAAUCAGAGAGAUCGCCAAAUACCAUAGCAAGGUAAAAAGUACAUGAUUACAUAUUGAACUACAUGUUUACAAGUGCAUGCUAAUAUACAUACGUUUUUACUUACAAACACACUAGUUGCAUAGAAAUGCAUAGAAAUAUGGAUGGAUUUAAAUAACAUACCAACAAAAAUAUGAACUGAUUUAGUGCAGUAAUAAGAAAUAUGAAUUGAAUGAAGCUUAUCGAAGCGCGGAACCCAGCGGAAUUAUAUUGGGUAUAUACAAGUACAUACAUACAUACUUGUGUUUAAUUAAUUACCGGUAAAGAACCACAAAUGCCCGUAGUGGUACAAGAUAGAAUGACAGCAAAUACAUACAUAUGCAUGUAACUAACAGCAACCACUAACUAAAGUGGCCGAUAUUAGAAAUAAAAUAAAUGUUAAAAAUUCGAAAUUA